UAGUCGGCGGUGACAAAACAAGUGUUUUCUUCAACUUUGUCAACCACUGACAACGCUAACUUCUCAUAUAGACCAUGAGUAAAUAUUAAUUUAACUACUCAUUAAUUUGAGCAAGUAUUUUGUGGGAGUGGUUGAUAAAUGGACAAGCUCUUUCCGGUAUUCAAAUAGCUGCACCGAAGGCGAUAUCUUUGGAAGAUAGCGCAAAAAGUGACCUAACUACCAGCAUAUAUGAGUUAAAGGCUUAGGUAGUGUAGUAGUUGUGCCUGCUGUAAAGUGUUCACGGGGAAAUUUCGGCUUUUAUUUUGAAAUUUUCCACCACGGUCCAUAUCCUUUGACUCAAACUUGACAGUAGUUGUGAGUGUAGCUGUGUGUUCCUGUCACUGUGCUGUGUUUCACCCUCUUCAAACAUGGCUUCAAACACGGCUUCAAACACGGCUUCAAACAUGAGCUCGGGGUCUCUUUACGCGUUGUUCGCGGGCUUUCUGGGUGCUGCCGCCUCUCUGUCUGCCAAGCUGUCCCUCGGUGCAGACUAUGUGAGAGACAUGUGUGAGUCCGGGCUCCGCGGCUGGACCGAGACACACGGCGGAGCUGCAGCCUGCGACUGGCUCCACAUCCCUCUGCGGCUGCUGUGCGGUGUCCUGCUGUUUACCUGCAACGCCAUAAUGUGGACCUUCUUCUCCAAGGCUCUCAGACACUGCUCCUCCUCAGCCAGGGCCACCGUCACCACCACUGCAUCCAACUUCAUCUCCUCAGCUGUCCUGGGGAGGGUGAUUUUCGGUGAGACCCACGCAGCUCUGUGGUGGGUGGGCAUCUCUCUCACUCUGUGUGGACUGCUCGUGCUCCAUGGAUCGUCACCUCAGACGCUCACACAGGAGGAGGGCAAAAAGGAGAAGUAAUGUAACUCGUGCUCCAUGAUGGCGAGCAUGCUGCACAACAGCCCGGAGGCAACACUCUUGGUGGCACAUAAUGGAAGUCCUCAGGGAAGGAGGUUAACUCCACUGUCUUAUGUCUUCAGUGCAGUUCAAACAGCAGGCUGUGGACUAACUCAGACUCCUCUCUAAAUGUAUCUUUGCUGUUGUUUUUCUUUCUGUUGUGUGUUGGUGGGCUUUACUGGGACACUGAGAUUAGCAGGGAGAUGUUUAGGGUCCAGAUUUCUACUCGCAGUUUGGCCUCUGGUCCAAUGAGUAAAGAUUGGUUUGAGUAACACAGUGUGGUUGGCUUCAAGUGAUUAACUUGGUCACCAUUGAAAGGAAACACAACCGUUCAUCAUCUUUUUAUGUGUGUAAGAUUUGGGGGAUUUUAUUUUCAGAAUAAGGCAGACAUGGAAUAUAAUAUUCAUAACUAUGUUUUCAUGCACGUAUGAUCACCUUAAAUAAGAAUCUUUUUAUUUUUGUUACUUAAGAAUUGUACCAUUAUAUCUACAGUGGGAGAGGAUCCUCUUGAUGGAGGCUGCCUCAUUGAAACAGCAUGUUUCUACAGUCGCCCAGGACAGACAAACUAAACUAAAACUAAAAAAGUGACUCUAGAGAGGAUCCAUAAGGUAUUGUUUCUCCUUUACACUAAGGUAGGGGUGAUGUGAGGAGAUUGCAAUGCAGCGAUUAGACCACUAGAUGCAACUAAAUUCAACACACUGGACCUUUUAAAUGAAUAUGGUGGCCAUAAUACAAAAGAUGGAAAUGACUUUUUCUGAUUUAAGAAAGUCUUCAUUGUACUCGUGGGAAAUUAGCAGCAGUCUGUGUGGUACAUGGAGAGUUCACUUUUUGUAUUUUCAGAGGCAGACUUCAGCCUGUUGGACUGAAGAGCUAACAUAUUUUCCACGCUGCUCAUUUUCAAGAUGGCAGGCUAAAACAUACAUGUAAUUACACACACAUCAAGUGCAGUGUUUUCUCCGAUCCACAAUCUGACCAGCUUCAUUCAAAACAUCGGAAACAGGAACGUGAAAGAGGUCAUGAUGAUUUAUAGAUUAUUUCUAUUGAUGUACAGACUGUGUAGCAGCUCACUGCAUUAAGAUGAUGUGACUUUUUUUUUUUUUUUUAACUAUUUAAAAUUGUCGCUAACUUUUAUAAAGUUAAGUAUCUAACUUGGUGCAGUCUGAUCAGCAGUUCCAUGUCAUUUUUUGUAUGAAUUUGUAAAAUAAAUAAACUGUCAUUCAUUCA